AGUGGCUGCGGCGCGGCGCGGGGCGCAGAGCCGGCUCGGCGCGUCGACUGCCCAGAGUCCGCGGCCGCGGCGCCCCGAGGAGCUGAGCGGCCAUGGCCUACCACAGCUUCCUGGUGGAGCCCAUCAGCUGCCAUGCCUGGAACAAGGACCGCACCCAGAUCGCCAUCUGCCCCAACAACCACGAGGUCCACAUCUACGAGAAGAGCGGGGCCAAGUGGACCAAGGUGCACGAGCUGAAGGAGCACAACGGGCAGGUGACAGGCAUCGACUGGGCCCCUGAGAGUAACCGCAUCGUGACCUGCGGCACGGACCGCAACGCCUACGUGUGGACGCUGAAGGGGCGCACGUGGAAGCCCACGCUCGUCAUCCUGCGCAUCAACCGGGCCGCCCGCUGCGUGCGCUGGGCCCCCAACGAGAACAAGUUCGCCGUGGGCAGCGGCUCCAGGGUCAUCUCCAUCUGCUACUUCGAGCAGGAGAAUGACUGGUGGGUGUGCAAACACAUCAAGAAGCCCAUCCGCUCCACCGUCCUCAGCCUGGACUGGCACCCCAACAACGUGCUCCUGGCGGCCGGCUCCUGCGACUUCAAGUGCCGGAUCUUCUCGGCCUACAUCAAGGAGGUGGAGGAGCGGCCGGCGCCCACCCCGUGGGGCUCCAAGAUGCCCUUUGGGGAGCUGAUGUUCGAGUCCAGCAGCAGCUGCGGCUGGGUGCAUGGUGUCUGCUUCUCGGCCAGCGGCAGCCGCGUGGCAUGGGUCAGCCACGACAGCACCGUGUGCCUGGCUGAUGCCGACAAGAAGAUGGCCGUGGCCACCCUGGCGUCUGAAACGCUGCCACUGCUGGCCGUCACCUUCAUCACGGACAACAGUCUGGUGGCCGCGGGCCACGACUGCUUCCCGGUGCUGUUUACCUACGACAGCGGCGCGGGGACGCUGAGCUGCGGCGGGCGGCUGGACGUGCCCAAGCAGAGCUCGCAGCGUGGCCUCACAGCCCGUGAGCGCUUCCAGAACCUGGACAAGAAAGCCAGCUCGGAGGGCGGCGUGGUCGCGGGGGCCGGCCUCGACUCGCUGCACAAGAACAGCGUCAGCCAGAUCUCAGUGCUCAGCGGGGGCAAGGGCAAGUGUUCGCAGUUCUGCACCACGGGCAUGGACGGUGGCAUGAGCAUCUGGGACGUGAAGAGCCUGGAGUCGGCCUUGAAGGACCUGAAGAUCAAGUGACCUGCGCGGAGUGCCGCCCUCAUCCCUGCUGCGGGGAACGGGGACAGGCUAGGGGUCGCAGUGCAGGUUCCCACGGGCUGCUCCCUCAGGAGGCAGGGGUGGCUGGGGACUCUUACCUACUCAAGAAAUACGUGCCUUUUUCGGAAAGAAAUGCUUUUGUUUACAAGUCAGACGAUGCCCCCAAAGCACUAUGCUGGUCAUGAACUGCUUCAAAACGUGGAGGUAAUAAAAUGCAGCGUGGACACGCCUGA